CCUGCUCCCCGCCUUCCAAAUCAACAGAGGGUCCAGCAUCCAGAUCAAGCAUUAGCACCUGAACCCCAAGAUCCAGAUCCAGAACUGGAGCCUGAACCCUCAGAUCCAGAUGCAGAACUGGAGCCUGAACCCCAAGAUCCAGAUCCAGAACUGGAGCCUGAACCCUCAGAUCCAGAUGCAGAACUGGAGCCUGAACCCCAAGAUUCAGAUCCAGAACUGGAGCCUGAACCCCAAGAUCCAGAUCCAGAACUGGAGCCUGAACCCCAAGAUCCAGAUCCAGAACUGGAGCCUGAACCCUCAGAUCCAGAUGCAGAACUGGAGCCUGAACCCCAAGAUCCAGAUCCAGAACUGGAGCCUGAACCCCAAGAUCCAAAUCCAGAACUGGAGCCUAAACCCCAAGAUCCAAAUCCAGAGCUGGAGCCUGAAUCCCAAUAUCCGAAUCCAGAACUGGAGCCUGAACCCCAAGAUCCGAAUCCAGAACUGGAGCCUAAACCCCAAGAUCCAAAUCCAGAGCUGGAGCCUGAACCCCAAGAUCCAGAUCCAGAACUGGAGCCUGAACCCCAAGAUCCAGAUCCAGAGCUGGAGCCUGAACCCCAAGAUCCAGAUCCAGAGCUGGAGCCUGAACCCCAAGAUCCAGAUCCAGAACUGGAGCCUGAACCCCAAGAUCCAGAUCCAGAGCUGGAGCCUGAACCCCAAGAUCCAGAUCCAGAGCUGGAGCCUGAACCCCAAGAUCCAGAUCCAGAACUGGAGCCUGAACCCCAAUAUCCGAAUCCAGAACUGGAGCCUGAAUCCCAAUAUCCGAAUCCAGAACUGGAGCCUGAAUCCCAAUAUCCGAAUCCAGAACUGGAGCCUGAAUCCCAAUAUCCGAAUCCAGAACUGGAGCCUGAAUCCCAAUAUCCGAAUCCAGAACUGGAGCCUGAAUCCCAAUAUCCGAAUCCAGAACUGGAGCCUGAAUCCCAAUAUCCGAAUCCAGAACUGGAGCCUGAAUCCCAAUAUCCGAAUCCAGAACUGGAGCCUGAACCCCAAUAUCCGAAUCCAGAACUGGAGCCUGAACCCCAAGAUCCAGAUCCAGAACUGGAGCCUGAACCCCAAGAUCCAGAUCCAGAGCUGGAGCCUGAACCCCAAGGUCCAGAUCCAGAACUGGAGCCUGAAUCCCAAUAUCCGAAUCCAGAACUGGAGCCUGAACCCCAAGAUCCAGAUCCAGAACUGGAGCCUGAACCCCAAGAUCCAGAUCCAGAACUGGAGCCUGAACCCCAAGAUCCAGAUCCAGAACUGGAGCCUGAACCCUCAGAUCCAGAUGCAGAACUGGAGCCUGAACCCCAAGAUCCAGAUGCAGAACUGGAGCCUGAACCCCAAGAUCCAGAUGCAGAACUGGAGCCUGAACCCUCAGAUCCAGAUGCAGAACUGGAGCCUGAACCCCAAGAUCCAGAUCCAGAACUGGAGCCUGAACCCCAAGAUCCAGAUCCAGAACUGGAGCCUGAACCCCAAGAUCCAGAUCCAGAACUGGAGCCUGAACCCUCAGAUCCAGAUGCAGAACUGGAGCCUGAACCCCAAGAUCCAGAUCCAGAACUGGAGCCUGAACCCCAAGAUCCAAAUCCAGAGCUGGAGCCUGAAUCCCAAUAUCCGAAUCCAGAACUGGAGCCUGAACCCCAAGAUCCGAAUCCAGAACUGGAGCCUAAACCCCAAGAUCCAAAUCCAGAGCUGGAGUGUGAACCCCAAGAUCCAGAUCCAGAAUUGGAGCCUGAACCCCAAGAUCCAGAUCCAGAGCUGGAGCCUGAACCCCAAGAUCCAGAUCCAGAGCUGGAGCCUGAACCCCAAGAUCCAGAUCCAGAACUGGAGCCUGAACCCCAAGAUCCAGAUCCAGAGCUGGAGCCUGAACCCCAAGAUCCAGAUCCAGAGCUGGAGCCUGAACCCCAAGAUCCAGAUCCAGAACUGGAGCCUGAACCCCAAUAUCCGAAUCCAGAACUGGAGCCUGAAUCCCAAUAUCCGAAUCCAGAACUGGAGCCUGAAUCCCAAUAUCCGAAUCCAGAACUGGAGCCUGAAUCCCAAUAUCCGAAUCCAGAACUGGAGCCUGAAUCCCAAUAUCCGAAUCCAGAACUGGAGCCUGAAUCCCAAUAUCCGAAUCCAGAACUGGAGCCUGAAUCCCAAUAUCCGAAUCCAGAACUGGAGCCUGAAUCCCAAUAUCCGAAUCCAGAACUGGAGCCUGAAUCCCAAUAUCCGAAUCCAGAACUGGAGCCUGAACCCCAAUAUCCGAAUCCAGAACUGGAGCCUGAACCUCAAGAUCCAGAUCCAGAACUGGAGCCUGAACCCCAAGAUCCAGAUCCAGAGCUGGAGCCUGAACCCCAAGGUCCAGAUCCAGAACUGGAGCCUGAAUCCCAAUAUCCGAAUCCAGAACUGGAGCCUGAACCCCAAGAUCCAGAUCCAGAACUGGAGCCUGAACCCCAAGAUCCAGAUCCAGAACUGGAGCCUGAACCCCAAGAUCCAGAUCCAGAACUGGAGCCUGAACUCCAAGAUCCAGAUCCAGAACUGGAGCCUGAACCCCAAGAUCCAGAUCCAGAACUGGAGCCUGAACCCCAAGAUCCAGAUCCAGAACUGGAGCCUGAACCCCAAGAUCCAGAUCCAGAACUGGAGCCUGAACCCCAAGAUCCAGAUCCAGAACUGGAGCCUGAACUCCAAGAUCCAGAUCUGGAGCCUGAACUCCAAGAUCCAGAUCCAGAGCUGGAGCCUGAACUCCAAGAUCCAGAUCCAGAGCUGGAGCAUGAACCCCAAGAUCCAGAUCCAGAACUGGAGCCUGAACCCCAAGAUCCAGAUCCAGAACUGGAGCCUGAACCUCACAAUUAUCAACAGGGACAUUAGAUUGAUCAGGGUGGCACCUGACUGAGUCCAGAGAGGGAGAUGGAAGGGAAUGGGGAGGGAAGGAGGG